AAGGUGAAAAAGGUUAACAGCCCGGAUUACGUAGAGAGCGCGAAGAAAAUCACGUCACUGCUCUCAUCCAACGAAACAAAAAACACAGGCCUGCUAAUUGGACACCGCAUCGUAAACACACCUAUCACGUUAGUCCCCGUAAUUCACAAAAAUAUCAUUGAAGACGUGUACUGGUCUCAAGGGAUUCAGGAUCUAGAUCCAAAUGAAAAAAAAUUUUACUUCUUCGAUUGGCUUGUAUUUUAUACAAAGAUAUAUAACAAUGCGGAAGGAGAGAUAAUUUUUGCCAACUAUGAGGAGCAGUAUUUUUUUCAACACAAGACUGACCAUGUGGUAUGGAACAACAACAAUGUGAAGAAGUUUUACGAGGUUGUGAAUGGCAAGAAUAGGGAAGUCACUUACAAGGAGUUCGUCACAGUUUUUGUCGUUCCCUUUGACAAGGUGGCCGAGGCCCUCGGGCAGAUGCAGAGGGGGGUUGGAGGUGUGGGAAGCGUGGGCGGCGUGGGCAGCGUGGGCAGCGUGGGCAGUGGUGGCGGUGUUGGCUAA